UUAUUUAUACAGUAAAUUAAAAAAUUCGAAUUAAAAGUUAACGAGUAUUUAACUGGUGUUUUAUCGAUAGAUAAUAAUUUUAUGAACAAUAUAGAGGGCGUGAAAAUGAUUCGGUUUAAAUAAUUGGAAUUAUAGGUGGCGUUUUGUUCGAGAGAAAAGACUCGGAGGAAGAGGUUGUGCUAAGAAGUAAGGGAUGCCCUCAUAAGUCAUAGAGAAUGGAUAAUUUAAUGAGAGUGUUUAUGGGGAUUGUAACGGGAGCUAAAGACUCUAUAUGGGGUAUAUUAUCGAUUCGAGACAUGAAUAAAGAGAAAGAAACAAAGCCCGUUAACCAAUUAGUAACAACAACAUUGUCAAGGAGGAGAAAACAAGAAUCGAAUCGAAUCCCUGAAAUCAAAAGUGAAGAGACAAAAAUUUCUAUAAGAAUAUUCCAGUGUUGUUUGCUCAAUGGUGGGAUAUUUUGGGCAAGUAUCGCAAUUUUCUCUUACUUAGUAUUACCUGGUCUUCAUAAACUUAUGAAUUUUGUGUUUAGUCACAGCCCCAGUAUGGCUGCUUUUGUGUGGAGUUGGUUGAGACCAAUUCUGUCUUGUGUGUUUGAUGCACUUUGGGUGCUACCUCUAUUCCUGCUGAGUCGCAUCAUCAAUAGCCUGUGGUUCCAAGACAUUGCCAACACUGCUUACAGGCACAUUCGCGGCCGCCCCCAGUACGUGGGAGGAUUUAGCAAGACGUGGGCUGACAAUCUGUUCAGUUUCUUGAUUCAGGUUUUAUUUCUGAUGCAGAGCUAUCUGGUGAGACUAUUACCGGUAUACAUUCUGGGCCAGGUAGCCGGAAUAGUGCAUCUGUGUAUGUUGUAUUCAUUUUAUGCCUUCGAGUAUAAGUGGAUCAACAUGGGAUGGGAACUGCAUAGGAGGUUGGCAUUUAUUGAGAUGAAUUGGCCUUACUUUAUAGGUUUUGGCCUGCCACUCGCCGUCCUGACGUCGUUGUCCUCCUCUUUCAUUACCAGCGGGAUCAUCUUUGCCAUAUUUUUCCCGCUCUUUAUCAUUAGCGGAAAUGAAGCCGUUCCCAUGACUGGAACGUGUGAAUAUAGACUUAGGUUGUUUUCUCCCGUCGUCUAUCUAUCGAAUGCCUUUUUCCACCGUACUAUUAAUUUGGACAGACAAAAACUUGCAGCGAGAAAAUUACACAGCUAGUAUGAGAACUGUUGAUUGAUGACAGCGGAAUCCAAAUGGUAAACAGAAGAAUAUUUUGAAGCUUUUAUGAAUGUUUGUUGAUAUAACGUGUGUUUACUAAAUGAUGGAACCAAUUUAUCGACUG